UUGGGAAGAGUAAUUAACAGUUAUUUAGAUGAAGUAAAUAUAGUUAAUUGUUGUCAUCAAAAGGUGAAGAGCUUUUGGUUUGCCGCCGAAAUUUUUGGCUCCAAUUUGAAAGGAAAAAAAAUCGUUUGUUUUGAUUUGGUUUUCACUUUUUUCUUUUCCUUUUUAAUUGUUUUUUCAUCAUUUCUUUUAAUUAGUUGAUUGUUUUUCUUUUCAAUUGAAUCUAUCGUUGAAUCUGUGGUGUGUUUAUGAUCCCUUGGAAUAAGAGUUAAUUGUGGAAUCUCAAGAAAUUGUAAUCCAUAUUAAUUUCUUGUGGUGUACUAAUAGUUUUAUCUUAAAUCGACUGCUAAUCAGAAUGGCCAGACCAUCUCUUGGUUCAGCUGCAAGUGAAAGUUUACUUGAUGUUUUAAUCCGUGUCAAUGCUAAUCAAAGGAUAAACCAUGGAACCGAUAAUGGAAUCAAUUUACAAUUAGAUCAGAUUGUUGAUAAAUUUGGACUUUAUCUGAUUGAUUUUUCCACCAACAAAUCUUGCGAUAUCAAUAGUUACAUUUACCGUCUCUGUGUUGAGGCUUGUAAAGUAUCACAAGAAAAUCCUAGACAAAUACAAGCUUUAACUCAAUCUAAAAGUAAACACUCAUUGAUCAUAUUUGAUGGUCUUAAUUGUUUCAAUUACAUUCAAUUUAAAACUCUACUACCAGAUGAUAGUAUCAUGGAUAAUAUAUCAAUAGUUCAUGAGGCUGAUCCUUUCAAUUUAUUAGUUACAAUUUAUCGCUAUUUCUCAGAACAAGCAGCUCUUAAUGUCCAUCUUAAAUUGGUCAUAAUCUAUUGUGAUGAUGUUUACAUAGCUGAUUUAAUGCAAUUUCUAAUUAGACGAAAAUUAAGUCUCCAUGUUAUCCUGAUUUCGUAUAAUGUUUCAAGUAUUUAUUCAAAAGGUUUUUACCAUGGGGAAGUUCAGACAAUUGAAUUUCUGACAAUCGAUUCAACCAGUGAAAAUAUUUGUGUCAAGAAAACAUUCAAAGGAAAAGUUAAAGCAGUAGCCAGUUUUAAUAAUCCAAUUGUCCAUCACAGGAAAACAAUCAGUAAUGUUAAACUAAUUUAAAAGAACAAGAAAGAAGGAAACAAAAUUAGAAUCAACUAAUUGUUUCAUUCCAAUAUCAUCAUAACUCCCGCCAAAGAAAAAAAAAAUGUUUCUAACAUUCAACCCUCGAAGUUGUUUAUUGUUGCUUGAUUCAAUUUAGACACUUGAAAGAUACACAAACAAUUUACCACUCAUUUCUUAAUUGUGGUAAUCACUGUACCUCAUCAAUCUAUCAGCACAAUCAAUUAAUCUCCUGAUUGACAUUAUCCACGUUGUAUAUUAACUCAUCAUUUCAUCAACCUAAAUACUAUCAAAGCAGAUCAGCUGAUUGUAUUUUGCUUUUUUCUUCAAGUUUAGACUAAGGACAUUUCAUCAUCUUUUUUCAUUCUAAUUUUUGUAAUCUUUGUUCAUUUCCUUUUCUAUCUAAUCAAUUCUUUAUUCAGUGUGACCAAUUAAGUCAAUUUGUGGAGAUCAAUUAUGUUACGAACUACAUGUUGUUUAAUUACUGGCGCUAAUCGUGGUAUUGGUCUGGAAUUUGUUAGACAGAUAAUUAAUCUUAAUCCAAAGCCAAUAAAUGUUAUUGCUACUUGUCGUAAUCCCGAUAAAGCCGAGGAAUUAAGGAAACUCAAAUCAUCUUCAACUAAUCUUCAUAUUGUUCAACUUGAUGUUAGAGAUUUUCCCAAUUACGAUAAAUUUUAUUCUCAGGUCAACUCAAUUGUCGGCUCAAAUGGAUUGGAUUUAUUGAUCAACAAUGCAGGAAUUGCACAAUUUAAAACUCUUAAUCAAGUUACUCCCACUGAUAUGUUGGAAAGCUACGAGGUUAAUACAGUCGCACCCUUGCUGCUCACGAAGACAUUUUUACCUUUACUCAAAUCAUCAGGUAAAGAUGAAGGAUCGACCAAAUUAAUUGUCAACAUGGGAACAACGGUAGCAAGUAUCGAGCAAAACAAUCAGGGCGGAAUGUACCCUUACCGUGCAAGUAAAGUGGCCUUAAACAUGAUCUCCCGAAGUGUCGCAACCGACCUGGCCAAAGAGGGAAUCCUUUGUGUCUCCAUAAACCCAGGGUGGGUCAAGACGGACAUGGGUGGGAAAAAGGCUCCAAUGGCUGUUGACCAAAGUGUCACCAAAAUGUUGAAAACUUUGUCACUCGUUGAUAAAAAUUCAAAUGGUAAAAUGAUUAACUUUGAUGGUAAAAUAAUUCCCUGGUAAACAAAUUAAAUCAUUCAUUCUUGAUGAUGAUUAUCAUAACUAUUUUGCCCUUCAUCUGGAAAUUAGUUAAUUAGUGCGUAUUAGUUUCAUCGCUUACAAUAAAUCAACUUUGUUUUUUUUUCAUUAUUGUAAAAUGAUUACACUAAUUGUUACAAUUACAAUGUUUCAAUUUAUGAUUGGUAAUCGUUUGCCUUUAAUCUCUCUUUCUGAUCUCUUGUAAUUAAAAUCGAUUCUUACCUGAAUUAACUUUUACAAUUUCCAUUUUAAUUAAAGGAAAACUUCAUCAUAGGA